CAACUCGCUCUCGUGCCGCUAGGGCAUCCUCUUGCGCUCUCUCAACUUGCUCCUUCAGGGGAAUCAGUUUUUUGCCUGAAACAUGUCUGGGGAAGAGGAAGAAAAUGCUGCCGAACUGAAAAUUGGAGAUGAUUUUUUGAAGGCGAAGUGUUUGAUGAAUUGUGAAGUUUCGUUGAUUCUUGAGCAUAAGUACGAGCAGCUUCAACAGACUUCUGAUGAUCCCAUGAAUCAAGUUUCUCAGGUAUUUGAAAAAUCAUUGCAGUAUGUGAAGCGCUUUAGCCGCUACAAAAAUCCUGAUGCUGUUAGACAAGUCCGAGAAAUUCUUGCACGAUAUCAAUUGGCUGAAUUUGAGCUGUGUGUCCUUGGUAAUCUCUGCCCAGAAACUGUGGAGGAAGCUAUUGCUAUGGUUCCAUCUAUAAAGACUAGAGGAAGGGCGCAGGAUGAUGAAGCCAUUGAGAAAAUGUUAAAUGACCUAUCGUUGAUUAAGAAAUUUGAAUGAAAAUUUGUUCCAAUUGGCAAUAGAUCUCGGUUACCCCCUUGUCAAUGCACAAUGUUGAUCAUGGCGUAGUUUUGCUGUUACUGCAUAUGGUAUCACUUGACCUAUGUCGAGCAAACUUUUUGUAAUUUACAUUAUGAAACUCAUCACUAGUAAUUAUAGGCUAUAGCUAUUUUGUUUUUACCGUGGAUCCUAAUCCUAUGGUAAGUGGAGUGAUUGAAUGACCCUUUUAUAAUAUAUAUAGAUUGCCCCACUUUGUGUAAUUCGUUCCUGAUUCUCGUCUUAUAGAACUUCGUUUCGAUGUCACGUUACUAAAGUUGACCCUUAAUAUU